GUGGUUCUGCAAGGGAAAGUAAGAUGAUGCUGGACCAGAUGGAUUUCUCGGACCCUCUCUGGGGUGCAGACUCUGACCAAGAAUCUCUCACUGGGAGUGACCUCAGGGGAAACUGCUGCUUCCUGGACAACCCAGCCUUGAAAGCAGAAAAUGGAGAAAAUGCCAGGCCUGGGGGAGCAGCCAACCUGCAGCGUCUGAGCCGGGAGGAGAAACGACGGAGCCGGCGGGCUACAGCGAACUACCGCUCAGCUCAUGCCACCCGGGAGAGAAGCCGGGUGGAGGCAUUCAACAUGGCCUAUGGGGAGCUCCGACAGCUGCUGCCCACUCUGCCCCCGGACAAGAAACUCUCAAAGAUUGAGGUCCUCCGGCUGGCCAUCUGCUAUAUCUCCUACCUCAAUCAUGUUCUGGAUAUUUAG